GGGUGUGAAGGAGAUAAAGGAAUUAGGCUACCUCUCUGACCGGAGAACUGUGAGAGCCGCCGUGCACUCUGAAUUUCCCCGGGAUUUGCCCCUGCUGAAGACACUGGAGACUUUCCAGUGAACUGUUUUCUAGCUGGAUAUAGCUCUUCAACCUUUAGAUGAGUCCGGCGAUUGGCCUAUAACGAAAUAAAGAAUCACACGAAGGACAGUGAGACGCCAAGAUGUAACACCAGUAGUUGUUGUUAAUUAUUUAGCUCACAAUUAACCCGGACCUUUUACGCGCACCUCGCCAAUGGAUGCAUGAUGCCGGGGGGUCGAGUCUUUCUGGGACAGAGCACAUUUAAGAGGCACUGACUGGUUUCGUGACUGCGUGAAACCAUCAACGCACGGAUAAAGGAAAGUUACUGCACCUGCGCUUGUUUGGCGUUUCGCACCGGAAAGCAUGCGCUGUACAAAUAUGAAGAUUUUCUAAGAACGUCUCCCUCUUCUUCUUCUUCUUCUCUGAAAGUAGUUUUUUGAUCAAAGAUGCAUGGCUCUUUCAUGAGACAGUGUGCUGUCAAUAAACACUUUUCGUUCUGACCUCUGGACGUUGUUGUGGAUUGUUUUGCUGCUUAAUGCAAUGGGCUGCAUUCAGAGUAUCAGGUGUAAGCCCAAGAGUUUCCGAGACAGUAUCAUCGUCCUGGAGGUGAACACUUGCAUCGAUUCCAACCCCACCAGCAUCGACGAGUCAAACAGCGUCGUCCUGCGCUACCGGACGCCGCACUUCCGAGCUCAUGCCCAGGUCCUGGUGCCGCCAGUUGCCGGCCAAGAGACGUGGACCAUCGGCUGGAUUCAAGCGUGCAAUCACAUGGAGUUCUACAAUACUUAUGGAAACAAAGGGAUGUCAAGUUGGGAGCUCCCCGACCUGCGUGACGGCAAGAUCCAAGCCAUCAGCGACUCAGAUGGUGUCAACUACCCGUGGUACGGCAACACCACGGAGACCUGUACUGUUGUAGGCCCCACCAAGAAGGACAGCAAAUUCACCGUUAGUAUGAAUGACAAUUUCUACCCAAGCGUGACCUGGGGUGUGCCGGUCAGUGACAGCAAUGUGCCUCAGCUUAGCAGCAUCCAGCGCGACCAGAGCUUUACGACCUGGCUGGUGGCCAUCAACCAGGCCACCUCAGAGACACUCGUCCUGCAGACACUCCGCUGGAGGAUGCGGCUUCACAUCAAAGUGGACCCAGAAAAGCCUCUGGGUUGCAGGGCUGUUCUGAACGAGCCUGUGGCCCAGGAACAGCCCCAGAUCCUGGGCAAGAAUGAGCCCAUCCCCCCUAACGCCAUGGUCAAGCCCAAUGCCAAUGACGCCCAGGUGCUAAUGUGGCGGCCAAAGAAUGGUGACCCUGUGGUUGUCAUCCCACCCAAAUACUGACCUGUUUCACUGACUAGGCUGGCCUUGGAUACUUUUACAGUAUCAUCUCUUAUUUGUUCUCUUUCUUUCGUUCCUGCUCUUCACGAGCUCUCACUGCUUUAACCCUUCUUUGACAUUAAUUUAACUUUUGUUUUUGCCUCUUUACUCUUCUCUCUAAUGUAUUAAAAUGACUGACGGAGAGAGAACAGGUAGAGACAAAUGAAACCAGCUCUGAAAAAAAGACCAGCUGUUCCUGUGAAGACGGGGGCUAGUUGAACAUACUUUUAAAACUGGAGUGAACAAACUGCAACCAUUCUACCUUCAAACUGGGUCGGGUCUCACUGUGCUAAAUGAAGUCAUUGCAAAAAUGAAAAACAGGGGUAUUUCUUUGUUUUUUAUUUUUUAUUUUAUAUUUUGGCUUGGUUUGAGCCAAGUGAUACAAGGUUUGAGACUGUGGGUGCAUUAGAGUAUUUACGUGACUAUGUCUGCGCACAUGCUACAUACAUGGAUAUGCACAAACGUCAUGUACAAAUACCAGUUGUGUUUUUAUUUAUUGGCUGGGAGAGAGUGCAUUUAAUUUUGUUUGUUAUUGCUGUCAUGUGCUUCACAUGGCAAAUUGCAUUGGGUGACAUACUAGAUUUUAGUACUUUUUUUAAAAACAUGCAAAACAUUCAGUCCAUGCUGCCUUAAGUUUACAUCGCUUUCCACUGCAAACUUUUUAGCCUUAAAUAAAGUGCAAUGCAGUAUUUUGCUCAUGUCCCAUCUCUUCCAGACUGUUGGUGUUGGCAUGUGUGGGUUUAGGACAGGAGGGACACCACAGAAGAAGAACCGGGUCUGAAAUUUGGGCUUUUAUGUUCAGUUGCAUUUACCUGAUAUAUGUAUUGUCUAACAAAUACGUCCAGCAUUAUGUGUAGAUGCAGUUAUACAGCCAGACUAAUUAGUUCUGUUUCAAGUGCAUUAUAUAAGAGAAGAGAUGCUCUGUGCAGUUGGACAUACAGAGAACAUCAUUGAAGCCAACCCUUGUCAUUAGCAAUCAGCACGUCAAACUAUACGUGCAAUAAAAGCUGAGUAAAAGGUACUCGGAAGCACUCCUCAAUUAUCCCCAUUUCAUUCACUUUAUUCUAUUUAGUUGCGACUGUAACAUUCAAAUUCAGAAAAGAAGUUUUCCUUUCUCUGUAUCACGCCAUCACUGGGCCCCUUUACACUUCCUUCCCUGCUCUUCUUCAUUCAUCCUGUCUUGCCUACUCUUUUUUGCCACAGUGAGUAAGUGUUUACAUAGCUCACAUUGAACAAUCAAUUCUUUAAAUUAAUAAGUCACAGACAGGGGAAAUAACUUUCAAUAACUGGAGUAGAAAAACAGCGGAAUAGCUGCUGUGCGCAGUCCACUUCUUGCCAUCUUUUUUGUCAUCCACUCAUCUGACAAUCAUACACAUUGUAUUUAUUAUCAUUGCCUUCCUUUAAAUCAGCGACAUCCCCUUUCUUUCUAUAAUAUUAAAAUCAAAACAUGUCUGUGUCUCAUGUGAA